AUGGCAUGUAUCCUUCUCGUAUGCAAAAGCCCUUCAAAACACUUGCUCAAGACAUGGGAAGGCAGACCUGAGAAUGUGAAGGCAGCUCAAGACGCUCUGCUUACUAGAGCAAAGGCCAACUCUCUGGCUCAGCUGGGUAAAUACACAGGUGAAGGAGAUUCUAAUGAAGCCAAGAAAGGAAUGAGACUCCAAGAGGCUAAAGGAGCCACCAGUACAGGAGCUGCGCUACACAGCCCAGAACCAACAAGCAAGCUAGAAAGAGAGCCAAAAAAAUGCCCUUCAGCUGCCAAAGAGCCAAAAAAUUAA